CGUCGUCGCGGUCGGUUGUGCGUUGAGUUGUUGUUCUUGAUGUCGGUGCCGCGCUGACGAUGUCGCAGUGUGUUUGUAUCGUGUAUGACAUGAACGAUUCAUAAGUGUGACUGUGAGUAAAUGAUGUUUAAUUAAAAAAUACAUAUCAAAUAUGUAUAUAGUUUUAAAAAAAAUAUGCCAAAAAAUAAGGUUGACACGCGAUCUUUUUUGAAAAAGUGCAUGUGCCACAUUGCAAUUAAUAGAUAUUUUUGUAAGGUUGCAGUUGCGCGAUGCGUGCAUGGAGCCUGGCCACCGCGCUACUGCUGACGGCCGUCGCGCCCACGUCCGUUGCUGCGCCCACCGCGCCUCCCGCCGCGGCCCCUGCGGCACGUCCAUGCACUGCCAAUGGUCUUUGCCUGUGCCGAUCUGAUCACAUCGCCUGUGACGCCGUUCCCUUCCACAGAUUCCCUGACACGGAGUCGGGCGUGCGGCACGUGGCGGUGUCGCGCGCACGGCUGGGCUCGUUGCCGGAUGCAGCGCUGGACGGCCGGCGUCUGCGUACGCUGGUACUCGUCGCCUCUAGGUUGCACCACAUCGAGUCAGCGGCUCUCGCGUCCAUGGACUCGACGCUGGCUUCGUUGGAUUUGAGUUACAACGAAUUCACAAACAUUCCUAUAGAAGCGCUUCGAACUCAAAAAGUAUUAAAUUGGCUGAACAUACAAAACAACCUCAUUGCCGAAAUAGAUCCACAAAUGGAGUGGGGUUUUUUGUCGGACUCCUUGAGCAGCUUGUUGCUUAGCAACAAUCAGUUGAGCUAUAUCCGCGAGGGGACGCUGACGUCGUUACGACAGCUGGCCCAAUUGGAAUUGGACGGCAACCGGCUGCGACACAUCGAAGCAAACUCCCUGCCGGCCUCGCUGGCGCUGCUGCGGCUGUCGGCUAACCUGCUGAGCACAGUGCCGUGCGCCGCGCUGGCCUCGCUGACCCGCCUUCGUCAUCUGCAUCUGCGCAACAAUGCCUUAGCAGCCACUUUCACCGCAAACCGUUCGUGCCGUGCCGAGGGGUACCGCAUAGACUCUCUUGAUCUCAGUCAUAACGACCUCACAGAUAACUUCCAAUUCGCGUUUACACAAGGGCUACAAUUGAAGCAACUCGCUUUAGACCUUAACGAUUUCACAUCUAUCCCUUCGUUCGUUUUUGAAUGUGGCCGAAUUGAGAAACUUUCGAUCUCAUACAACGAACUUACCCACCUUUCGGAAACUGCGAUUUUGACACUGAAGCGUGAUCUCGAGCGGUUAGAGUUAGAUAGUAACGAAAUAACAUCUCUUCCUCGAAGCAUGCAAGAGCUGACGCGACUGCGCCACCUGUCGCUUUCGUAUAACGAGCUGCGAGAAGUGCCUUGGCUGCCGCCUCAGCUUCGAUACCUUUCGCUGGCAGGAAACUAUUUGGAGGGAUUUCCGCUGUCCCUUAAUACAUUAGAGCCAGCGACACUUCGUUACCUCGACAUAGGUUAUAAUCGUAUCACGCAUGUGACUUCGGAAUGGUUUGGGCCGUGGUCCGGCGCGCUUAGCACGCUAAACGUGCGCGGGAAUCGCAUCUCCCACCUGACCGGCGAUUCGUUCCCCGCGGCGCUGCCACUCACGGAGCUCGUUUUUAGCUUCAACGAUCUCUACUACGUGGAGGCGAGUGCCUUUGCUAACUUGACUUCCUUGCGUGUGCUUGAACUCUCCUCGACGCUGUUCAGCGGGGAAGUGCCCGCGGGGCCCGCCUUCCAGAAUCUCAAAUGGCUUACUUUAGACAACAAUAAUAUCCAUUUCUUUUCUUCGAACGAUAUGAAAUAUUACAGUUCAUUAGAGUACCUAAAUUUAGACUUUAAUAAGCUCCUGGAAUUUCCGAGCCAAAUGUUCGAAACGAUAACUUCCUACAGACUGAAGGAACUGAGACUGUCGUACAACUACAUCAGUAGGGUAAAUCCUGUAUUUCUGACGAGUCUUUCAGAUUUGCAUAGCCUGGACCUUUCUUAUAAUCGCGUACAUAACGUAAGCGAACGAACAUUUUCUAAAUUAACCAGUUUGAUUUAUUUGAGUCUGGUUGGUAACGAUAUUGAAAUUAUAGCUAACAAUGCCUUCAGCGAUCUGCCUAAACUUGAGAUUCUAGAUUUACAAGAAAAUAAUUUAGUCGAAUUUUCAACACGGUUUUUUCGCAAUGUUUCCAACGAAGAAAGUAAUUUCUCGAUAAACGUCAGCCACAAUAUGAUCUCUUUGCUCGUCGGGGGACCGAAUGUUUCUAUAAGCAUUUUGGAUUUAUCUCAUAAUUUAAUUGAAACGGUAUCUAGAUCGUUUUUUGAAUCAUUUUCUAAGCACGUUCGUCAAAUUUUACUUUCCUAUAACAGACUCGUCCACGUAGACGCUUCGGGCUUUGGUCACUUGCCGCGACUCCUGAACCUCGACUUGCAUCACAAUAACAUCAGUACUAUUAGACGGAAAUCUUUUGCGGAACUUGUCUCACUUCAAAUUUUGGACUUGUCAGAUAACAGGUUAAAUCAGCUCUCCGUGGAACAAUUUUACAAUUUACAAAAGUUACGUCACCUUCGAUUGGAGUCGAAUGAGAUUCGUGCCCUGCCUCGCGAUUGCUUCAAGAACACGCUUCUAGAGAGCCUCGAGCUCGGCAACAACCGGCUCGCGCUGUUCCCGAGCACCGCCCUGGCGCAAGUCGGGUUUACGCUGCGCCGCCUGCACCUGCCGGCCAACCGGCUCGAGCACCUGGACGCCGCCAUGUUCCACGAAAUCCCUUUCUUGCACGAAUUAAAUCUCGCGCACAACGCGCUCACCGUGCUAUCGGACAACACGUUUUCCGGCCUAUCGCGGCUACAACUUCUUGACCUCUCAUAUAAUUAUAUCAAGACGAACUAUAAAGAACUGUUCCACAAUUUACCGCGCCUUCGUAGUCUCGCGAUGGCAGGUGUCGGACUAAGGACCAUACCGCACAUGCCCCUUGUAAAUCUCACGGAAUUGAAUUUGAAUAAUAACUUAAUCACGUCAUACCAAGAAAUCGAUGUGCGACACCUGGCCGACCUGCGGGCGCUCGAUCUCGCGCGAAACCACAUCACGACGCUCCGGCCUGCCAUGUGGGCUGCGCUGCCUCGCCUCGCCGCUCUCGACGUGUCCUCCAAUCCUAUAGUACGCAUCACAUCCGGCGCUUUUGACGGUCUGCAUCGUUUGCUUCAUUUACGUCUGGACAAUCUUCAAAAUUUGGAGGCUGUGGAACCGCGCGCUUUUCGCACUCUUGUGUCGCUGCGCUCGCUCGCGCUCGAGUCCCCCGCGGGCAAAGGGCGCGGAGCGGCUACGCUGGCCGACAUCACGGCGGCCGUGCCCUGCCUGGAGGCGCUGACGGUGGUGGUGCGCGUGACGGCGCUCGAAGCGCAGCUGCUUGGCGUUCGGGCGCCCCGCCUGCGCCUGCUCGAGGUGCGCGGCGGCACAAUGCGGCGCGUGGCGGCGAAAGCGUUCUCGGCGCUCGGCCGACAGCGUGCUCUCACGCUGCGUCUGAGUGGCACGGGAGUGAGUGCGCUGCCAGCAGGGCUAGCGCGACCGCUAGCGCGGGUGCCGCACCUCGCGCUCGAUCUCAGCGACAACCGCCUCGUCAGCUUCAGCCCCGCUACCUUGUAUCCCAAUCUCACCGGCUGGAAUAGACUGGCGACUAAACUUUUACCGGGUAAGGAACGAGUAAAGUAUCUAUCACUAAUAAAAUAGUACCAAUCGAUCUCUGCACUAAAACU